UGGUAACGUGACUUCCUGGUAACGUGUUAGGUAGGAAAAGCAGUAAAAAAGUGCAUAUUAAGGGAGCAGAUUUGAAAUAAUAUUUAUACUUAACAAGAAAUAAUUAAAGGUUCAAUGGGGAGACCUAAAGAUUUACGCAUAUGGGAGCACUACCGUACUUUACCAAACAAGUCUGUUUCUUGCAAGCUUUGUAAUAAGGUCUACAAAUUCAGUAAUGCUGCCAAAAUGCUUCAACAUCUUAUCACUUGUCCAAAAUCUCCAGAAACAUUAAAAGACUCUAUGAAACUUAUAAAAGAUAGCUCGUCCAAAACCAAAAUGUCUGGACUGUCAGAGAUAGAGACAAAUGAUUCUUUUAUAAGCCCCUCGUCGUCUGCUAACACUACAAUAAAUGCUGAGUUUCAAGACACCGAUGAUCAUAUAAAAACAGAAUUAGCGAGAGCUAUAUUUGUAACAGGGACGCCAUUAUCGAUGGUGCAACAUCCUUUAUGGAUACAAUUUUUCGAAAAAUUGCAACCAAAAUUUAAAAUACCUUCACGUAAAGCUUUAGCGACAAAAUACUUAGAUAAAAUAUAUAGAGAAAUGCGUUUUGAGUUAAAUGAGGAACUAAAUGCUUGUAGUUACUUACACCUUCAGUGCGAUGGCUGGUCUAAUUUAAGAAAUGAAGGAAUAAUAAACUUUCUUAUAUCAAAACCUCAACCUGCAUACGUUAAAAGUUUGAAUACAGAAAGUAAUCCUCACACUAGUGAAUACCUUAGCCAAGAAGUUGAAAAAGUAAUGAAAGUGUAUGGAGCAAAUAAGUUUCUUGUACUUAUUGGCGAUAACGCUAGAAAUAUACAAAAGGCAUUCGAAUUAACAAAACUCAAAUAUCCACAUGUUGUUCCUCUCGGUUGCUGUGCACAUAUCCUUAACUUGUUGUGCCAAGAUAUUGUAAAGAUACAAGAAGUAACUGUGUUUAUUAUGCAAGCCAUAAAUAUAAUAAAAACUGUUAAAAGGAGUCAACGAUUAAGUUCCUUGUUGAUAAAAUCAAGGCAGGGUGAAGAUUCUACACAAACACUAAAAUUGCCUUGUGCUACAAGAUGGGGAAGUCAUGUUACUUCGUUAAAAAGUUUGAAAGCAAAUAAGAUAGCUUUGCAAAUAUUAACAGUUAGAGAAGAUGUGGUAAUUUCAAGAGAUAUUAAAGAUUUAAUUCUAAGUGAUGAUUUCUGGACGAAGACAGGGGAAUGUAUAAGUAUUUUGGAACCAGUCACUGAAAGCAUAUUUUACUUAGAGAGCGACCAGAAUCGUUUGCAUCGCACAUACAUUACAUUUAGAGAUGUACAAGCUAAGAUACGUUUUGCAUUAAAUGAGAUUUCGACAUUGAGCGAAGAAAGCAAACAGCAGAUUCUAACAUCAGUAUCUUCAAGAUGCAAUAUGGUAAUGAGGCCAAUACAUUUUGCAGCAUAUAUUCUAGACCCCAGGACUCUAGGAGUCGAACUUACUCAAGAGGAAGAACUUAAGGGUAUGGAGUUUAUCUACAAUUUAAGCCAACACUUAAGUUUGUCAAAUGUAAUGGCAGAUUUGGCGUGUUAUAAAGCUAAAGAAAACUUUUGGGCCAGAGGAUUUGUAUGGAGCUCAUUAGAUAGCAUUGAGCCCCUAAUAUGGUGGAAAGGUAUUUGUGGUUCCACUGAGUUAAGCAAAGUAGCGAUUCGUAUUCUAUCAGCUCCCUGUACUUCGGCAGCCACUGAGCGUUCCUUUAGUAUCCAAGGCUACAUACAUAAUAACAAAAGAAAUCGACUUACAACUGAAAGAACUGAAAAAAUUUCAUUCAUUUGUUAUAACUGGAAUCUUAAACAUAAAGCUGAAUGCGAGGACAUUCAGUUUAAUGAAGAAAAUACCUUAGAAGCUUUCAUUGAGCAAGUAAAUGAACAUAACAGUUUAGACGAAAUAGAGCCUAUCGAACCUAUACAAUUCAUCGCUUGUAAUAACUCUGAAUCUGACAGUGAUUGACUGUAGUUUUACAUUUUACUUUCAUCUCUUUCUUAAUAAACUCAAAAUCAAAUUAAAAGUUUUUUAUUCUGUAGGCUGCAUAAUAAUAUUGUCUAUGUCCAGUAUAGUGGACGUCUUGCGGCUGAGAUGACGAUGAUGAAGUACAAAAUCAUAAACACCCAAAAAUUUGGGUGUUUAUGGGGUUUAAACCCAAUAAACCCAAAACACCCGGUUUUUACCCACCAGACUUUAAACCCACCCAGGUGGAU